GUGACCUACGGUAUCCUACCAUUUUUCUGCGUCGGCGAACACACAUUCCCUGCUUGGUUGAGCUCACCGUCGGACGCUGUCCGCCGUUGUCAGACCUGCCGGGUUGUUCUCGAGCAAGUAGUGAAAGCAUCUGCUUCAGGAUCUGCUUAAUAUUUUCAACAUGUCUUGGAUGGAGGUUGUUUUGGCGGCAUCUUCUGUUGAUGCUGGUAUUGGCUGCUGGGACCUUCAGUCAGGGGCUGAGCAGCUGCGCUAUAAAACUUGUGCUUCUGCACCUCAUGGUCUCAUUAAUGUCGGCAGUCGCUUCCUUGCAUCUUCCCAGAUUCGAGAUUCCUCAGCCACCUCUGGUCUGGUUCUCUAUUGGUCCUGGUCCAAGCCUCAAGUAGAAGCCAAGAGCUUUCCGGCUGAGCCAAUCAGGCCACUUGCUGCUAAUCACCCGGGUACUUAUAUAGCUGGUGGUGGCUUAUCAGGUGACAUAUACUUUUGGGAGGUUGAAACUGGCAAAUUGCUUAAGAAGUGGCAUGCUCAUUAUAGGGCUUUAACUUGCCUAGUAUUUUCUGAGGAUGACUCACUGCUGAUAUCUGGUUCAGAAGAUGGAUGCAUACGAGUUUGGUCCUUGUUCAUGAUAUUUGAUGACUUCAAAAGGCAGGAAGCAGGUCAUCAUUAUGAGCAUAGUUUUUCAGAGCACACCUUACCAGUAACUGACAUUGUAAUUGGUUAUGGAGCAUGCAAUGCAAUUAUAAUUUCUGCUGCAGAGGAUAGGACCUGCAAGGUUUGGAGCUUAUCUAGAGGAACACUAUUGAGAAAUAUAGUAUUCCCUUCAAUAAUUGAUGCAAUUGCAUUGGAUCCUGCUGAACAUGUCUUUUAUGCCGGCAGUAGAGAUGGAAAAAUAUUUAUUGCCGGUCUUAACACUGAAAGGAUCUUUAGUCAGAAUCAUGACAUGCAUAUCAUCGGUUCAUUCUCUAAUCACAGCAAAGCAGUUACUUGCUUAACAUAUAGUGCAAGUGAGAAUUUGUUAAUCUCUGGAUCAGAAGAUGGAACGAUUCGGGUUUGGAAUGCUAGAACUCAUAAUAUUGUCCGCACGUUCAAACAUGCAAAAGGACCUUUAAAUAAUAUUCUUGUUGUAAGAAAACAGCUCGACUCAAGUAAGCCUAUCUCUUCAACUCUACAAUCAUGCUCAAGGAGGCAGGGAUCUCUAUUACCUCCGCCAUUGGAAAAAUACUCAAAUUCAAUAAAUGAAGAUUCAGAUGUUAAGACCAUUGUUAGCCUCUACGACGGCAAGAGGGGUAUGGAUGUUUCAUACAUGUCUUCUCAAGCGAUAUUUAAUCAAAUCAAGGAGUUUCAGAAUCGGGGCUCCUCUGCUUCUGAAAUGGAGAUGGAGAGACUGAAAGCGGAUUGCAGAAGGUCUGCCCAGAUGGUUAACCGAUUUAAGAAAAUGUAUGAAGAUUUGCAAGAUUUCUACGAAGAGGACUUCUUGAAAAGUGGUCAAACAAAAACUUGAGAUGAAAUUGGCAACCAAGUCGAUCUUUGCUCUUAUUUACUUUUUUCUUUUUGACCAACAAUGCUCUUAUUUACUCUUUGAAAGUAGAAAUUGUAAGCCAACUAGCGAGUUAUUAUCGGCAAUUUUGCUUCUUCUUGAUAGUUGAGAUGGACCAUUAAAAUGCUACAUGUAAAUGGUGAAUUGUUGGAUGUUUAUAGGAACGGACAAAACUCAUAUACA